AUGAAUACCCGAGCCAGGGCGUCCGUUCCAUCUGAUCUGCUCAAGGAGUUCCAAGCCAAUCUGCGGGCCUGUUGGAAACAAGAAACAUUCUGUGGCCGUUACUAUAUCAAGACCAGUCAGCUCCAGGAAUGGAUGGCAUCCGUGGGAGAAGGGCAAAAGGCCACGAACUUGAAACGACUCCUUACCGAAGUCUGGCGUUCUCGACACGAUGCGACCUUUCCACCGACGGCUGAAAAAGUCUCUAGGGCCGUCAUCGUCUUCAGUGUCCUCCUUGAUAUCGGCUACGGGCAUCUUGUAGACCUCUUCUGCCGCGCAGAAAUAACCGACGCAAGACUGUCAGCAGAACACAACUACAAGCAUCUCAAGCGGCAUUUGGGGAACGCCAAUGUCCCCGAACCAGACGCCGUAGUCGAUGCCUUUGAGGAAAGAAGAUGGUUCUUCUGCCCUGUGCUUCUCAAACGGCAUAUGCAAGGGGACUUCGGCAGGGGGUGUGUCUUUCCGUACUACAAACGUCAGCCCGUCAAUGGCAAGGGUGGAACAGCAGAGGUGUUCCAAGUUCUCGUCCCCGCCGAAUGUAUCGCCGAGGAUCUGAAGCAAUUUCUCCGGGCAUCAAUGGUUGAGUACAAAGACAAAGGGAAGUUCUACGAGAUGGCGCUCAAAUCCUACGGCUCUGAGAAUCAAGCCAUGUUUGACUGGGAGAGGAACGCCUUCGCCGGCCUGGAGGACCAAAAAGGCAUGGUUCGCUAUAUCGGCCAUUAUUCUUAUGAGGAACCCCCAGCAGGUUUAACCCAUAACAUCCUACUCGAAUUCGGAGAGCUUGACUUGGACGAAUUCUUUGCACACGAGUUCUCGAGCCCCCCAGUGCGGUCUCCUGAGAUUAUCUCAUUCUGGGAGUCGUUGUUCCAAGUCGCAGAGGCACUGCAACGCAUACACAAUCUCAAAAUCGACCAGGACGGUCAAACAGAGGAAUACUAUGGUUGGCACGCCGAUGUCAAGCCAGACAAUAUCUUGCGGGUUCACGGCGAGUUCAAACUGGUUGACUUUGGGUUCACCAAGUUCAAGAAAAAAGGGAGUCAAGCCAUUCCUAUGGAGUAUAUGGAUGGCGGCACUCAGAGUUAUGGUACUGUGGACUCCUCAAACAAGGCUGGGGAGAGCUCUGGUUCUAAUUCCUCUAUAAUAGGCGCCCCUGAGACAGAUCAGUCACGGUCCAAGACACGCACUCCUCACGGUCAGACUAUUGACACUUGGUCUUUUGGAUGUGUGCUAUCUCGUGCAGCAACCUGGGUCAUCCUGGGCCAGCAGGGAAUACUCCAGUAUGACUUUGUCAGAAAAGCAGCUAUUAAACGCCUCCGAAAGCCGUCAAAGACCGACAAAACGGCCAGCUCAAGAUGUCCAACAGCCGAUGACGCUUUCCAUAAUGGUCGCAAAGUAUUGCCAGAGGUUCUUCAGUGGCAUGACUAUCUGCGGAGCAUAGUGCGCACCUCAGACACUAUCUCCUGCCUGGUGCUUGAUCUUGUGGAACAUCACAUGCUGUUGGAAAGCCCUGAAGACCGAGUCAGCUCUAAAGGGCUAUGUAUGAAGCUUGACGACAUUGUGCUUUUGGCGAACGCCAAAGCUGAUCGAGACGAGUGCAGCAAACUUGUCGCCAAUACUCUCCUCGCAGACUUGUACAACUUUGACCAGGAGGCGCCAGCCAAUGCAGAUCAAGCCGAUCGGUCAAAGGACGCCAAAUCGAUCAAGACGUCUGGACGCAUAGGCAAGUCGCAGCGACUUGACAAUAUACCUCCAGCGAAAACAGCCCACCGUGCAGAGAUGUUGACCGAGAAAUUACAAAUCUUGGGAGAGGAAAGUCCACCACCUCGGCAAGCAACGCCGCAACCCCAUCUCAGAAGCGGCUCCAGUUAUCUCGACGGCUUGCAAGUGCAUGAGAGUCCACGUGGCUAUACAGACAGCGAUGACGAUGUGUCUCUGUUAAUCCCUCAACUAUCUCCAUCGUCAAAAUCCGAUGGAGCUGCUGUCAAGCCCGAACGUGGCUCCCGGAGGUAUUCCGAAUUGGAGCUGAUGUCUCGUCAUAUAUCUAGUCAGGCCUUGGAGGAUCCUGACGGCGCCAGUGUGAGCCCAGCAGAGAAAGUCAGGGACGAUGUUCACGGAAAGGGCCUCGGAGACCAGCAGCGUCGUUUCAGCAAAGCCCCCUCUUAUACUACUGAGAAACAGCCGGACGUGGCAGCAGAAGAACCGCCAUCUUCGAGUCGGCGAGAUUCCAAGCUUGAGACAACACAAUCUCUCGAGCUUUCCAGCUCUUCGAUCUCGUUUGACGAUCUAUUCGCUGCUCCGCCUAAAUCGACUCGAAAACACGACAACUAUGAUAUAUAUCGUGUCAAGGCAGACCUCGAACAAACACGUCAUUUCCUGACCGGCAAGGUCAAGGUGGACAAGUCCUUGAAGGACAAGAUCGUCAACCGCGACAUAAAAUUCAUCAUUGACAACGGCUCUAGCAUGCUUCAUUUCUGGCCUGAAGCAACGGACGUCUUGGAAACCUUGGCCAUGAAGCUUGCUCCCCUGGAUGACGAUGGUCUGGACAUGGUCUUCACCAGUGGACCUCUGCGGCCAUACAAUAAAGGAGGCAAAAAAGCCGCCAGCAAGUUUGCGGGCCUGAUGAAGGAGAAAACACCGGCGAUGCCCCCGGACCCCACUUUAGAGGUUAAGACAGACAUGACGGAGACGCUCGGGGUGGUCUUUGACGAAUACCUGCAAAGCUACAAGAACAAACGCAUGACUCUCCUUGUGCUCACCGACGGCCUUUGGAGAGGCACCAAGGCCGAGAACCCGGUCGAGGUCAAGAUUGCCAAGUUCCUGAAAAAGGUUCUCGAUGGGAACCAUAUGGAGGACCGGCGAUUCAGCAUAUCGUUUAUCCGGUUUGGCGACUAUCCCGAAGCUGUUACCCGACUGUCGUGGCUGGAUGAUGACUUUCCCAAGGUCUACCGUGUCCCUGACAUGAUCGACCACGUCCCCUGGACGGGCCCAGUCAACAAAAUGAUCCUUGGAAGUUUUGAUGCCAACCAAGACGACAAGAACAACGAUUCCUGA